CCUGUAGCACUGGCCUGCCCUACACACACGCAGAUGGUCUAUGGCGAGUGUCUACCGUCGAUAUGCCCACCGCACAGUUCCCAUUGAGAUUGGUGAGCGCUACACCGACGCCGCGUGGGCGCAGAGGCUCAUGUCGGUGGGGCAGUUCUUCUGCGACUACCUCACACCCAAUGCGCUGCAUAAGGGAUAUCUUGCGCAGCACAACUUGUUUGAUCAGAUUCCUGAGCUCAGAGCGGAUGUGGUUAUCCCUGACUACUGCUGCCUUAGUCCAACGGAAGCUCAUGCCACAACCGCCUCAGACGAAGACGACAACAACAACGACGAUGCAGACGACACCGUACGAUUGAAUGCGUGGCUAGGCCCAGCGCACACAGAAUCGCCUCUGCACUUUGAUCCGGAUCACAACCUGUUUGCGCAAGUGGUGGGGUCAAAGUAUCUGCGGCUGUUCUCGCCUCAGAUGUCGUCGUGUCUGUACCCCUACGCCGAUGAGUUGUUGGCCAAUACUAGCCAGAUCAAAUCGUCUGAGUCCGUUGACGUGGACACCUAUCCCGCCUACGUGCAUGCGGAGGGGUGGGAGGCUAUUGUACACUCGGGUGAGAUGCUGUACAUUCCCCCGCGGUGGUGGCAUUACGUGCGCAGUCUGGAGCCCUCGUUCAGUGUGAGUUUCUGGUGGGGCUGAUACGGUAAUCAGACGAAGGACAGUUAAGGUAUCAGUGACUGAGGGAC